GGGGUCAUGCAAAGCGCCUGCGGCAAUACCUGCGGCCUGACGGGAGCUUGCUUUGCCACUUGGUGCCCCGUUGAUGAUGCACCGAACAUUUCAAAACAGGAGCCAGGCAGAUGUGACUGCUACCAGGAGAACGCUGCUGAGGUCGAGCUUCCGCCGGCGGUUGCGGCGCCAGGCAAGCAGCAUCACGAGGGACUAUUCGAUUACAUGCGCAUAACAGGCAAGGCCUGUUUAGAUCACGCUCAACAUCUGGCAAUCCGAGUCCACUUCUUUCUUGAUACAGCAACAGCCUUGUCGAUGACUGACUCGGGCAUCACCUUUACCAAAGUCCUCAUUGUGUUCAUCACCAACAUCAUCAUCAUCAUCAUCACCAUCAACAUCAUCACCAUCCACAUCAUCAUCAUCAUCAGCAACACCAUCAUUAUGAUCUU